UGUGCCCCUUGUCUGUGCUACUAGCUUGGGGACUUUGUUGGACUUCUCAGUGCUGUCUGAGCUGAAGGCCCCAGGCCUGGGGCAUGGAGGGGCUGCAUAACCUGCAGGCCAGCCAAGGGAGGGGUCAGCUCUCUGAUCCUGCCUCUGGCCUUGAGUGCUAGAGCACAGGAUAGGCCUCCAUGGAGGAGCCCAGGGCCUCCUGCUCCAGCCCAGGGCAACGCGCUGCAGCAGCGCGAGAGCUGCUCCUGGCCGCAUUUGAGGACCUAAGUCAGGAGCAGCUGAAGCGCUUCCGCCACAAGCUGCGGAAUGCGCCCGAAGGCAGCCGCGGCAUCCCGUGGGGGCGGCUAGAGGGCGCUGAUGCCAUAGACCUGGUAGAGCGAUUGGUGGAGUUCUAUGGGCCAGAGCCCGCGCUGGAAGUGGCCCACAAGGCGCUGAAGAGGUCGGAUGUGCGUGAUGUGGCGGCGCGACUCAAGGAGCAGCGGUUGCAGCAGCUCGGGCCUGGCCCCUCGGCGCAGCUCUCAGUGUCAGAGUACAAGAAGAAAUACCGCCAGCACGUGCUGCAGCUGCAUGCCAAGGUGAAGGAGAGGAACGCCCGCUCCGUGAAGAUCACCAAGCGCUUCACCAAGCUUCUCAUCGCGCCUGAGAGCCCUGAUCCGGAGGACGAGACGCUGGGUCUCGCGGAGGAACCGGAGCCCCGGCGCGCGCGGCGCUCAGACACUGACACCUUCAACCGUCUGUUCAGCCGGGAUGAGGAGGGCGGGAGGCCACUGACCGUGGUGCUGCAGGGCCCAGCGGGCAUUGGCAAGACCAUGGCUGCCAAAAAGAUCCUGUACGACUGGGCGGCUGGCAAGCUGUACCAUGGCCAGGUGGACUUCGCCUUCUUCCUGCCGUGCCGCGAGCUUCUGGAGCGGCAGGGCGACAGCAGCUUGGCCGACCUGAUCCUGGAUCAGUGCCCCGACCGCGGCGCGCCCGUGCGCCAGAUACUGGCGCAUCCCGAGCGGCUACUCUUCAUCCUGGACGGCGCUGACGAGCUAUUUGCGCAGGGGUCCGCCGAAGCCGCGCCCUGCGCGGAUCCCUUCGAGGCGACUAGCGGCGCGCAGGUGCUGGGCGCGCUGCUGAGCAAGGCUCUGCUGCCCGAGGCCCGCCUGCUGGUGACAACGCGCGCUGCCCCACCCGGGGGGCUGCACCGCCACUUGCGCUCGCCGCAGUGCGCCGAGGUGCGCGGAUUCUCGGCCAAAGACAAGAAGAAGUUCUUCUAUAAGUUCUUCCGAGACGAGCGGAGGGCGGAGCGCGCCUACCGCUUCGUGAAGGAGAACGAGACGCUCUUCGCGCUGUGCUUCGUGCCCUUCGUGUGCUGGAUCGUGUGCUCCGUGCUGCGCCAGCAGCUCAAGAGCAGCCAGGACCUGUCGCGCACUUCCAAGACCACCACAUCUGUGUACCUGCUCUUCAUCGUUAGCCUGCUGGGAUCGGCGCCACCCGCCAACGGAGCCUACGUGCAGGGCGAGCUGCGUAAGCUGUGCCGCCUGGCCCGAGAGGGCGUCCUGGGGCGCCGGGCGCAGUUUGCAGAGAAGGACCUGGAACGACUGGAGCUGAGCGACUCGGUUGUGCAGACGCUGUUUCUCAACAAGAAGGAGAUGGUCGGCGUGCUGGAGGCCGAGGUCACCUACCAGUUCGUCGACCAGAGCUUCCAGGAAUUCUUCGCUGCGCUGUCCUACCUGCUGGAGGAGGAGGGGGCCCCCGAGGCGCCGGCCGGUGGCGUAGGUGCCCUCCUGCGCCGGGAUGCAGAGUUGCGUGGCCACCUCACGCUCACCACGCGUUUCCUCUUCGGACUGCUGAGCACUGAGCGGAUGCGCGACAUUGAGCGCCACUUCGGCUGCUUGGUCUCGGAGCGCGUGAAGCAAGACGCGCUGCUGUGGGUGCAGGGUCAGGGCCGCUCCACGGCGGCGCCAGAGGGGACCGAGGGGACGGAGGGGCUCGAGGCGUCGGAGGAGCCAGAGGAGGAGGAGUAUGAGGAGCUCAACCACCCGCUGGAGCUGCUGUACUGCCUGUAUGAGACGCAGGAGGAUGCGUUCGUGCGCCAGGCCCUGCGUGGCCUGCCGGAGCUGGCGCUGGAGCGAGUGUGCUUCAGCCGCAUGGACCUCGCGGUCCUGAGCUACUGCGUGCAGUGCUGCCCCGAGGGACAGGCGCUGCGGCUGCUCAGGUGCCAGCUGAGUAUGCUGCAGGAGAAGAAGAAGAAGAGGAGCCUGGUGAAGAGGCUGCAGGGCAGCCUGGGAAGCAGGAAUUCCGGAGCCUCCUCAAGGCAACCGCCAGCCUCCCCGCUUCGUGCACUCUGUGAGGCCAUGAAUGACCAGCACUGCGGUCUGAGUAGACUGACAUUGUCCCAUUGCAAGCUCCCGGACAUGGUCUGCCGUGACCUGGCUGAAGCCCUGAGAGCGGCCCCUGCCCUGACUGAGCUGGGCCUCCUGCACAACAGUCUCAGCGAGGUGGGCCUGCGGGUGCUGUGUGAGGGCCUGGCCUGGCCCAGGUGCCGAGUACAGACACUCAGGGUGCAGCAGCCUGGCCUCCAGGAAGCACUCCAGUACCUGAUCGGCCUGCUCCAGCAGAGCCUUGUGCUGACCACCCUGGACCUCAGUGGCUGCCAGCUACCAGGACCCACUGUGACCUACCUGUGUUCCACCCUGCAGCAGCCUGGAUGCAGCCUGAAGGCCCUCAGUCUGGCCUCGGUGGAGCUGAGUGAGUAUUCGCUGCAGGAGCUCCAGGCUGUGAAGAUGGCAAAGCCAGACCUGGUCAUCACACAUCCUGGGCUGGAGGACAAGCCGGAGCCUCUCGAAGGGGUCAGCAGUGCCCUCUGA